GUGUCGUCGUCGAUGGUGGUGGAGGUGGUCGUUUUCCUAGAUGUGUGUGUGUGUGUGUGCUUUUUGAUCUCUCGAUAUAAGAUGAAUUGAAUCACAAGUGUCUGCUGGAUUGUUUCCCUCCUUAUCUGAAUAGCAAUAAUUAAUUAAUAAUGGGCAAUUGUUAUCGCUGGUGCGUCGACACGUGAACACCUUCAAACAUAGAGUAAUAGUAGUAGUAGUAGUAUAAGAGAUUUAGAGAGGAGCAGCAGCAGCAGCAGCAGUAGCGAAACAUGACUCUGACUGUGAUCAUAGGUUAACUAAAAGAAAGAUAAGAAAGCACAGCAAAGUGCUGGGCAACCUGCAGCCAGCCUGACUAUUAUCCAAAUGAUGCGAAUCAAACGCACCUCGUACUGCUUCAUAGCCACGUUCAUAUUGUCGUGGAUUUUCCUGCUCUACUUCACGUUCGCCAAUCGGCCGGUGAACGUGACGGUUGCAGGCAAUGGGGGUGGUGGUGGAGGUGUUGUUGUUGAUUUGGGCAACGAAGGUAUUAUUGAUAAUAACUUGCAGAAACUUGAGGAGGGCAUUGACAGAGAGUUCAAGCGUAAUAAAGAUAUGUUGAAUAAUUUGCACAGGUAUUUGGAUAGUAGGAAAAGGGUUGCUGAGAAGGAGGAAAUGAUGGUUGUUGUUGAUGGAAAUGGAAAUGGAGGAAAGGCCAAGAAGGGAAUUGUCAUCCCUGUGCUGGUGUUUGCCUGCAACAGGGUGAGCGUGAGCAGGUGCUUGGAUCAGCUGAUCCAGUACAGACCUGACCCAGAUCAGUUUCCCAUCAUUGUGAGCCAGGAUUGCGAACAUCCGGAGACGACCGAAGUGAUAAAUCGGUACGUGCCGCAAGUGUCGCUAAUAAGACAGCCGGAUCAGAAGGAGAUCGAGGUGCCGCCGAAGGAGAAAAAGUUCAAAGGAUACUUUAAGAUCGCUCGGCAUUACGGGUGGGCGUUGAGCGAGAUCUUUUUCAACUUUAACUUUGACGCCGUGAUCAUCGUGGAAGAUGAUUUGGACAUUGCGCCCGACUUUUUCGAGUACUUCCUCGGCACAUAUCCGUUGUUGCAAAAGGACCCGACGCUCUGGUGCAUUUCGGCGUGGAACGACAACGGCAAGACCGGACUCAUCGAUCCGAAGGCGGCAGACGUCCUCUACCGCACCGACUUUUUUCCCGGUCUCGGUUGGAUGAUGCUCAAAUCGUUGUGGACGGAGCUGCAACCGAAAUGGCCCAAAUCGUAUUGGGACGAUUGGAUAAGGCAGCCGCAGCAGAGGAAGGAACGUGCUUGCAUCAGGCCGGAGAUCUCGAGGACGCGCACUUUCGGCAAGAUAGGCGUCUCGAAUGGUCUAUUCUUCGAGAAGCAUCUGAAGUACAUCAAGCUGAACGAACAGUUUGUGCCUUUCACGAAAACCAAUCUAAGUAAUUUGACGCGCGACGCAUACGACGAUCAGUUCAUGCGAAAGGUCUACCAGAGUCCCGUCGUAAGCUACCAGGAGCUGAAGGAGGGUCGAGUCGCCAGAGAUGGGCCCGUCCGCAUCGUUUACUACAACAAGGACGCGUUCAAGAGGACCGCCAAACUGCUCGGUCUGAUGGAUGACUUUAGGAGCGGAGUACCAAGGACAGCGUACCGAGGCGUCAUCUCGUUCUCGUACAAGGAACGUCCGGUCUUCCUCGCACCGAAUUUGAAUUGGAAGGGAUACGAUUUGGGCUGGAGUUAACGUGAACGUUCCUACCACACCUCCUCCUCCUCCUCCUCCUGAUCUUUUACGCUUUCUCUUUCUUUUGUUUACAUUAAACAAUAACAACGUCGACUCUAGACGACGCAUUCCAUUAAUUCCUAAGAGUACUCGCGCUUAUACACAAACUCUUACUUCCUUCAUCCAUACAUCUAUGCGUCGUGCAUAGAUGUAUGGAUGGAUGGAGGUAGCCAUCAUCAUCAUCGUGUUCCGUUUGUGUGUCUUCAAAGCUCUUCCAUCCGCGUGUAAAUAGUUCGCAUCACGUUUGUUUCAUACCUGAAUCCAAACACCAACCUGUUAUGUACAUAUUCUUUAUUAUGUCUGUCUGUCUGUCUAUCCAUCCCUUUGUUAUAUAAUAUUCCUCACAUUCUCUUGCUCGCUCGCAAGAGAUACGUUUUAUUUGGUUGUUUUGUCUCUGAGCACCACCACCA